AUGGCUUCUCAUCGAUCGUUCAUUCCCUCGUUCCUGUCGCUCGUUACCCUGGUGGUUGCGCAGCAGUGCACGCUUCAGUUCGAUGGCCGGGUGCCAUCGGACUUUGUAGCAGCCACCUUCGACACCGCUGCCAAUACCAUGUUCAAUCCCGAUUUUACUUUCGGAGCCAACUUGUCCAUCAGCGACGUCGUGGAAGUCCCUUGCGUGACGAGCUCACUUUUUGAUGCCAAGAAUGCCACAAAGGCAGUUGAGGUCACUAUUGAUGACAAAUCCAUCUUCACCCCCAGCGCCGACAACGUCCAACUCGGCUUCCGCCGCGCCGAGCUCAUGAUCACGAGCAACGACGGCACUGACGACUCGACCCUCGGAGUGAAGACAACCCACUUCAGUAUCAUGAAGGAUGCGGCCAGGCCGCUUAACAUGUCGCACGAGUAUCAGCUCUUCUUCCUUGAGAGCGCCGACUUCAGCACGAACCAGGUUGUUCUCAAGACCGGGUCCAUCAUCGGUGCCGACACUCCGAAUCCCGACACUCUGCAGCUGUUCGGCAACGUCAACUCCAGCCCGCUCCAGACUCUGUUCUCUACCAAUUUCACUGAAGGUGUUUUCCACAACUUUGCUGUGACAUUGGACUUUGACAAGAACACCACCCAAGUCUUCUACUCCCAAGACAGCAGUGCCUUGGAAGCUCAGACGGAGCCGCUGGCCAACGACGUCAGCGGACAGGGCCAGUACCACUUCGGUGUUCUCAAGAAGGGCAUUGGCGGCGAUGUCGACAUUACCCGUCUCGCUUUCCAGCCCGCUGGCAUUGAUGAGGGUAUCAUUUACGGUGGCAUCUUCCAAGAAGACAGCGCGGAUGGCUGCAUCAGUCUGUCGGCUUAA